UUCCUUCCUCUCGGCUCCGUAGCCUAUGUUAUUCGUUAUUGACACGGCUGCCGAAAGGCAACCCCCCCCCCCCCCAAAAAAAGAGGGUGGGACAGGAACUAGAAGUUAAAAAAAGCGCUAGUACACUGUGAACUCUGGGCUUUCAGCUGGAUUGUGGCUAAAAAUAAGCUGAAGGAUGAGGUGUGGCUUUCCUCUACAGUGCUUCCUCCCCUUCCAUCUCCUCCUCUUCCUCUGCCCCCUAGGACCCCAGCUGAGCCUUGGCUUAAAAAUCUGUGCCUUCAACGUCCAGAGCUUCAGUGACUCCAAGGCGUCCAAACCGAAGGUUAUGCACAACCUCGUCCGGAUUGUGUCUCGCUGCGAUGUGUGCCUGCUUCAAGAGGUGAGAGAUGCGCAGCACACUGCCGUUAGAAAGCUGUUGGAUUCGCUCAACAGGUAUGAUGAGAAGUAUCAUUAUGAUUAUGUGGCCAGUGAGCGUUUGGGCAGAUCAUCUACUUACCAGGAGCAGUAUGUCUUUGUGUACAGGACAGGCUCGGUAAAGGUGCUGGAUGAGUACCAGUAUCCAGACAAGCAGGAAGGAGAUGAAGGGGCCUUCUCCAGACCACCCUUCGUGGUCAAGCUUAAAGCACCCAAAACAGUGAUUGGAACAUUCGUCCUGAUCCCGCUGCACUCUUCCCCUAGCAAUGCCACCAAAGAGAUCGAUGAGCUGUACGACGUUUUUGUUGACGUGCAAAAAAAGUGGAAAAUUGAGAACGUAAUGUUCCUGGGGGACUUCAACGCGGCCUGUGGCUACGUGGCCAAGAAGAACAGGAAGAACAUCCGGCUGAUGACGAUGGACCGCUUCUACUGGCUGAUUGGAGACGAGGUGGACACCACAGUGAGGGAGAGCACCAGCUGCGCGUAUGACCGGUUCGUGGUCCAUGGGGAAACUUUCUUAAGAGGGGUUGAGCCCUCUUCUGCUGGUGUCUACAAAUUUGACAAGAAGUUCCAUCUCAAAGAGGAAGAGGCAUUAAGUUUGAGUGACCACUAUCCCAUCGAGGUGGAUUUGAAGGCAUCAGCACAGCGGCGAUCAGAAGCGCAGCUCUCCCUCCUCUUCAUCACUGCCUCCAUCCUCUUCCUCAGCCUAGCCUGAACAUGCACUGUGCAGAACACACACGCUGUGCAUCGGGGUAAAGGCGGGUUCAUCGGGGAACGUGCAAAAUACAUCCUGUCUUCUUCAUCUCCUCAUCUCCCUGGAGUUAAAGCACGUAGCUGUGCGUGUGUGUGCUUGCGUGUGUGUGCUUGCGUGUGUGUGCUUGCGUGUGUGUGCGUGCGUGUGUGUGCUUGCGUGCGCGCAUUCGAGUGUGUGUGUAUGUACAGUGACGCCUGGCUCUGACUGCAUGCCCAGCAAUGGCAAACUGUCUUAGGAGUUUUGAUGAAUUUUAAGUGCUGACUUAUAAGACUGAGCUUUCGGACUUUCUAUUGGCCGAGACCUCCUGUCAUUCAUGACAAAUCUAUGAAAUGACUAUGAGACAUUGACUGGACUUUCCCUUUAGGGCAUUGAGAAAAUAGUGUGUGGUGCAGUAAUAUGUCCAAAUGAGCACAGAGGGAAUAAACCUCAGACUGUCUGGACUUGUGACCUUUGACCUUGCUCAUGCCAAAAGCCUUCUAGGCCUUUAUAUGAAAUUAUUUUGUAUACAGUUUUUUUUAUUUUAUUUUUUUUACUUUGGGUUUGUGUGUUUUAAUGACGGAAUAAAAUUUCCGAUGGUGCCUUAUCUCAAUAUACUUAUUUAUGUCCAUGUUUGUUUUUAGCCUGUUGUAAAAUACAUUCUGUUAGGGGAAAUGCUAAAUAAAACUUGUCAAUGGGGA